GAAGUGGCGGGCGGUCGCCACGGUAACCCCGGCCCGCCGCGGCCAUGGCGGAGCCGCAGGACGCCACGGUUUCUUCAUCGCCAGCGGCUACAGAACCAACAAAACCCCGUCCUAAAAAAGCACCGGAGCUGCCAAUCCUAGAGAGGAAGAACUGGCUGAUUUAUCUGCUCUAUGUCCGCAGAGACUAUGAGGAGUGUAAGGCUGUCAUCAAAGAGCAGCUCCAGGAGUCCCAAGGGCUCUGUGAAUAUGCUGUCUAUGUUCAAGCUUUGAUAUUUCGCUUGGAGGGGAAAAUUCAAGAAUCUCUUGAACUUUUCCAGACAUGUUCCAUUCUGAACCCUCGAAGUGCUGACAACCUCAAGCAAGUGGCACGAUCCCUGUUUCUCCUGGGGAAGCAUAAGGCAGCCAUCGAAGUGUACAAUGAAGCAGCAAAACUUGAUGAGAAGGACUGGGAGAUCAGCCACAACCUGGGGGUGUGCUACAUGUACCUGAAACACUUCAACAAGGCACGAGACCAGCUCAACAAUGCCCUGGAGCUCAACAGACACGAUCUGACCUACAUGAUGCUGGGCAAAAUUCACCUCUUGAAGGGGGAGAUGGAUAAAGCUAUUGAAGUAUAUAAGAAAGCUGUGGAGUUUUCUCCAGAAAACACAGACCUCCUCACAGCCCUGGGCCUACUGUACCUGCAGACUGGGGAGUACCAGAAGGCUUUUGAACACCUUGGAAACGUGCUUACCUAUGACCCAGGCAACUACAAGGCCACCCUGGCUGCUGGCAGCAUGAUGCAGGCCCACGGGGAUUUCGAUGUCGCCCUCUCCAAGUACAAGGUGGUGGCCAGCAGUGUUCCUGAGAGCCCCCCGCUCUGGAACAACAUUGGCAUGUGCUUCUUUGGGAAGAAGAAAUACGUGGCAGCUAUCAGCUGCCUAAAGAGGGCAAACUACCUGGCUCCCUUUGACUGGAAGAUCCUGUACAACCUGGGCUUGGUGCACCUCACAAUGCAGCAGUAUGCCUCGGCCUUUCACUUCCUCAGUGCUGCCAUCAACUUCCAGCCCAAGAUGGCAGAGCUCUACAUGCUCCUGGCAGUUGCUCUGACCAACCUUGAAGACAUCGAGAAUGCCAAAUGUUCCUAUGAGCAAGCUGUGGCUUUGGACAAGUGCAACCCCCUCGUCAACCUGAACUACGCUGUCCUGCUCUACAACCAGGGCGACAAGCAGGGGGCCCUGAGCCAGUAUCAGGAGAUGGAGAGGAAGGUCACUGUGGCCAGGGAGAGCAGCGUGCCCGACUUCGACCCUGAGAUGGUGGAGAUGGCCCAGAAGAUGGGGGCUGCCCUGCAGGUUGGGGAGAGCCUGGUCUGGACCAAACCUUCUAAGGAGUCCAAAUCCAAGCAGAAAGCUGCUGUGUCAGGGAAAUCCAGCUCUCAGCAGCCUUUGGGCUCCAACCAGGCCCUGGGUCAAGCCAUGUCCUCUGCUGCAGGGUAUGGGAAAACCAUGCAGCUCCACCCAGGUGCUGCAACGCCAGCUCUGCCAAAAAAGCCUCCCUCCCUGCCACUGGAACCAGAACAGGAGCAGGACUCAGAAACAAGCCCUGAGGAGAACUCAGCUCCCACAGGGGACGAGGAGCAGAGGAAGGAGAAAGACCAGAGCCAAGAGGUGUCCUUUCUACUGGGUUUUGUGUCAGUUCAGCCCCAGGACAGCACUUCUUUAAGGAUUCCCUCCUGCCAGGAGUUAAACAGAAUUUUUUUGUAGAGUGCUGGCAAACUGAAACAAACCAGACGUGAAACAGUGUCAGUCAGGUACAGUGCAGAGAUUUUUAUUCACAUUUAACUUCUUACACUGAAAUUUCCUGCAGCCUAACAGAGUACAUGGGAAGAAAAGGUGAGGAUUGAAGAGCAGGGGUGGGCAGGGGCUGCGAAUUCUUCACUUCAGCCCCAAAACUUUAAUUCAAGGCAGAUUUUUGUCCUAUGAUGCUUUGAUGGGAUAAGUGUCACACUGGGAGCACGUACUGCACUCAGAGGUACUGUGAAGGGAUUUAUUUUAAAUAUAUAUUUUGUGAAAAGCUUAUGCAACAGUGAACCAAUUCUUCUAUGAAAUGAAGCAGUAGCACCUUCUUACUUUCUGGGAGCUUCAUGUUUAGGGGAGCAUUUUUAAAUAUGUAAUUCCAGUUGGAUAAUAAAUAGAGCUGCAAUUCG